AUGUCCGGAGCCCAGACCCCCAGCGAACUCCCGGGCGAGGGAGUCCCAACCGCGCAGAAGAGCAGCUGGACAACCUUCCUGAAAUCAAUUGCCUCGUUCUCCGGAGAUCUCUCGUCGCUCACCGCGCCGCCCUUCAUUCUCUCACCCAUCUCGCUCACCGAGUUCCCUGCCUAUUGGUGUGAGCGCCCUGCUCUAUUCGCGGCGAUCGCGGAUGCGCAGACGGAGCAGGACAGGUCAAUCGCUGUGUUGAAAUGGUUCAUUAGCACACUCAAGGGUCAAUAUACUUCACGUAAUGAGAAACUUGGAUCAGAGAAGAAGCCGCUGAACCCUGUCCUCGGAGAGCUCUUCUACGGAUUCUGGCCCGAUGUAGACGGCCGUGGACAGACGAAUCUCGUCGUCGAGCAAGUCUCGCACCACCCGCCCAUCACGGCAUACUACCUCUCCAACCCUUCCAAGGGCCUCGUCCUCCAGGGCCACUCCGCGCAAAAGACGAGCUUCUCUGGCGGCAGCAUCAUCGUCAAACAGAUCGGCCACGCUAUCCUCACGGUGGACCUUCCAGACGGAGGCAAGGAGGAAUUUUUGAUUACCUUGCCCCGCCUCCGCAUCGACGGUCUCUGGUACGGCUCUCCGUACAUUGAGUUGACGGAAACUUCUUACAUCCAAUCAUCCACUGGCUGGCUCUCGACGAUCGAGUACAAGGGCAAGGGCUACUUCUCCGGACGCUCGCACUCGUUCAAGGCGGUGCUGACCCCACCCGAAUCGACGACCCCCGUGAAGCGGUAUGAGGGCGUUUGGCACGAGACAUCCAAGGACCUCGACACGGGCGAGACGUUCACGGACGUGACGUCAAUUAAGGAGGAGGUUACCGUCGGCCCGAUCGAAAACAUGCACGAGUUCGAGAGCAGGCGCCUUUGGCAGCACGUCGCCCGCGGGAUCCGGGAGGGCGAUUACGAGACCGCGAGCAAGGAGAAGAGCAAGAUCGAGAACGAGCAGCGGCAACGACGGCGCGACGAGCAGGCGGCAGGCACGCCGUGGAAGCGGUGGCACUUCGAGCAUAUCGAGUCAGACCCCGUGUAUGAGCGUCUUGUGAAGAUGUUCAACGGCUCGCCCCCGACGGAGGACACGUACGUCUACCAGCACAACUACGACGUGACGCCCUCGGCCGCGUCUUGAUGGGAUGCUCGCGAGACGGCGGCUUGUGGCGAUGAUAGAACUGUACUGCUAUUACCUUGUGUACGGACAGAGUUUCCCUUUCUUUGACUUCGUUCAAUUGAAGAUAUUACUGAAGUUGUCGGUUGAGAUAAUGAACAGUUUUUUACGAC